UACGGCCACAACGUGCUGGCCUCGAAAUCGGCUCUUUAGGAGCAGAGAAGGCGAGGAGGCAAAACCGUGCCCUGGCUCUGCAGUGAAACCGUGGAUGCGAGCGGGGAGAGGGGCCCGUCCGCUCGCGCCGGGCGGUACGGCAGCGCUGCGGCGAAUGCCGCCUCGGAGGACUUCAGCGAGGCGGUGCCGCUGGAGCUCUGCUGCUGCUCUGCGCGUACCUGGGCGGACCGCGACAGCCUGUCCCGGAUGGCCGAACCUUUUCUCGGGGUGCAGGUGGAGAAACUACCGAAUCGGUCGGUAUUCCAGCAGAGGCAGAGCUGCGGUACCCAUGCUACUAUGCAGUUUGCAGACCGAGGACUAAGCAGUGUGGCAGAGGAAGAGAUCUCUACACUUUUAGUAACUGGAAGGAAAACGAAGGGAAGACUUGGUCUCAACUGCCCGUGGGAAUAUGUGGGUCUGUCAUCGCCAUACCUUGAGAUGGUGCGCUGAGUCAUUUCCAUGAGAGGCUUCUGUACCAUUCUGAAGCAAGAAGACAUUAACGAAUAAAAGGUCACACCAGCGUUUCUUUGCUGGAAAGCUAAACUCCCAGGUGAAUGUAUUGGAGAUUGCUGGGCUCAGUGGGACCAACAUCUCUACCUCCACGUUUAUGAAUACUGCUAGCUAUGGCUGUGGAACUCUGUUUGCUGCUGCUGCUGUUUUGCGGAAGUACUAUUUCAGAGGUGCAGCCUAUAUACAAACCGCCUCCUGGGACUUUGGAUUUUGGAUUUGUACCAGCCAAGACGUAUGAUACAGGUGCAUACCAUGAACCUGGGCCAAUAGGAAUUUUGUUUAAAAUAGUGCAUGCAUUCCUGUACUUGGUGCAGCCAAAUUCUUUUCCUCAAGAUCUCGUCAGAAAACUAGCACAGCAGAAGUUUGGAAACACACAGGGCGAUUAUCAAAAGCCAGAAAAUGUUGUCCUGACUCUUCAGGCCAUCUACUAUGAAAUCGGUUUUAUAGUCUCCGCAGCCUUGGGAUUGCUAUUUAUUUUGUUACUGCCUCUUGUGGGACUUUGCUUCUGUAUGUGUCGUUGCUGUGACAACUGUGGUGGGGAAAUGCAUCAAAGACAGAAGAAAAAUGCUGACUGUCAGAGGAGCUGUUUUGCAACAUUUCUUUUUGUUGCUUCUUUAAUAAUAAGUGUUGGAGUGCUCUGUGCAUAUGCUGCCAACCAGCAUUUAACUAACCAAGUCCGAGGAGCAAAAAAACUGGUUAACAGCAAUUUUAAAGAUAUGAAAAUUUUCCUUAACGACACUCCAGCGCAAAUUGACUACUUGGUGAGCCAAUACAACACAACUAAAGAUAAAGCACUCUCUGACCUAAAUAAUGUUGGACCUUUGCUUGGGAGCAGAGUUCAAGAACAGCUGGGAAGAGAAGUACGGCCCGCACUUGAUGCAGCUCUGACAAUGGCAGGAGCUAUCAGAGAAACGAAGGAAGCACUGGAGAAUGUGAGUGUAUCUGUAGAGGUUUUGCAGGAGGGAACAGAGAGGCUUCAUGCAAACUUGACAGACGUUAAAAUGCAUCUAAGCAACACCCUCAAUGAUUCUGCAUGCACUGCGGCUCAGGCUGCCUCAACUUGCAAUAUCAUCAGGAAUUCAUUAAAUCAGCUGAACAUCAAUGCCAACUUUAGUGGGUUGCCAGGAGUGGGUUCACAGCUUGCGAAAGUCAAUGAUGUCCUAAGAACAGACCUUUCUAGUCUGGUUCAAAAGGGUUAUGCAGCAUUUAAUGAUACUCCGGAUUUAGUGGUGAAUCAAACCAGGAACAUUUUAUCAGAUAUCAAAAAUGUGUUGGAAUCCAUUGGUGCAAAUAUCACUACCUUUGCAAAAACGCUCCCUGUUCAGAAGAUUUUAGCAGAUUUGACAAUAUAUCUAACACAGAGUGAAGCAUACGUUCAAGAUUAUUUUCCAGUAGUGGAGCAGUAUGAUUUCUACAGAUGGCUGGGUUGUCUCAUUCUGUGCUGCAUGGUGGUCCUGAUUGUGGUCUUUUACUUUCUUGGAUUGCUAUGUGGCACCUGUGGUUAUGAUAAACAUGCUUCUCCAACAACCAGAGGCUGCAUCUCCAACACUGGAGGAAACUUUCUUAUGGCUGGUGUUGGAUUCAGUUUUCUUUUCUCCUGGGUGCUGAUGAUCAUAGUGGUGUUCACUUUUGUCACGGGUGGAAAUGUAGAAAAACUGGUUUGUGAGCCCUUUGAAGAUAAAACUUUGUUCAAGGUUUUGGAUACUCCCUACUUACUAAAUCAGCACUGGAAAAACUAUCUUUCUGGCAUUCUGUUUAAAAAUCCAAAUAUUAACUUGACUUUUGAAAAAGUUUACAGUGAUUGCAAGGAAAACAAAGGAAUUUAUACUUCCCUUCACCUAGAGCACCUCUUCAAUAUCAAUGAAUUUCUAAAUAUUAGUAUGUAUACAGAAGAUGUAGCACUUAAAAUUGAACAUAUUCAGAUAAACCUCAGCAAAAUCAUUCUGCUGGAUGAAAUUGGGAAGGAGAAUCUUCUGAAUUUCAGCUCUUCAGGAAUAGAAGGGAUAAACUUUGCAGCAUAUUUGACAGAGAUCAAUAAAAGUGUUACCAAGGUUGAUCUUCUGUCAUUUGCUAACGAUUUAGAAGCAAGAGCAGACCAGCUGCCAAAAGGAGCACUGGAAAAUGCCUUAAAAGGACACGCAAACAACAUUCGAGUGAUUCAUAACCAGCAAGUCGUUCCACUAGAGCAAGCUAUGAGCACUUUAAAUCAGAGCAUUAGAUUGCUGAAGAGGACAUCAUCUGAACUUAUGGUUAAGGUGAAAAAUGUCAUUAGUGCUGUUAAUGCUGCCCAGCUUCUCAUAAAUAACAAUGCCUCUCAAGUUAUUGUCCAGGAGACAAAAAAGUACAUGGAUACCAUAGUUGGCUACUUUGAGCAAUACAUUGAGUGGGUCAAGGAGUCGAUUGCCAUGGAGGUAGCAGCAUGCAAGCCUAUUGCCAAUGUGAUAGAUACAGCAGUAGAUAUUUUUUUAUGCAGUUAUUUAACUGAUUCUGUGAACACCUUCUGGUUUGGUUUGGGAGGCUCUUCAAUGUUUUUAAUUCCUGCCAUAAUUUUUGCUGUAAAACUCUCCAAAUACUAUCGUAGAAUGGAUACAGAGGAUGUGUAUGAUGACUCUGUGGAACAGUGGUGACACAUACUGGAAACAUUAAGGGGCUAUAUAAAUGAGGCUCAAGAUUCUUCUACGGAAAAUAGUAUCAUCAUUCUUCCAGCUGUGUUGACAUUUACAUUCAUCUUCCAAAUCCUGAGCCACUGUUUUACGUCACCUGUACUGUAAAUCCCAAAUGUACUAUUGAAUGUUAUGCCGUAAACUACUGUACAGAAUACCUUGCGGUCCGGGCACAGCCUCUUGGGUACCACUGUUCACAGCUUGAAUUAAAAUGUGCUUAGUUUUUUUUACUUUUUUUACACUGGGCUUUCUACCUUACAUCACAGUUUAUAAAAAAAGUAGGUUAACAGCCUUUGCCUAGCAAUCCUCUGACAGUUGGUCAAAUUCUUAUCUUAAACUCCUGAUUUGUGUUAAAUACAGUACAUACACGUUUACAUAAAAAUGCAUUUUGU